GAUUGGAUUUUUAUCAGUUGUGCACGGCCUCUCAUCCAUCAUCCCCAACUUCACACCUCCGAAUUCGGCAUUUCUCUCUCUCUCCAAAAAAUCCCACAAUUUACGCUUGAAAUUUGUUUCUUUCCGAAAAUCUCAUCAAGCACAUGAAUCUUCAGUGGUGGUGGUGCUCCUCCCCUUUGCUCCCACUCCCAACUCACCACCCACCCAGACACACCACCACCACCCACUUCUGCUUCCUCUUUCCCGCCAAGAAAAAGCAUUACUUGUUUCCCAUUCCCAAACAGACCGCUGCCGCCUCCAACGCCAACAGCCAGGUCUUUUCCUCGCCGGAGGAAGGGAGCAAGCUGGCCUCGGACCUCUUCGACCAAGUGUUGCUUGGCCGUGUCUCCGCCGCCCCUGACGCCGCCGAGGCCCUGCGUUUGAUUUCGGAGGAGCGAGGCAGCGCCGGCCUUGUCACUGCUUCAGAUUGCCGCUUGAUUAUCUCUGCCGCCCUUGAUCGUGGCAAUGCUGACUUGUCCCUCUCCGUAUUCUCCGCCAUGCGCUCUACCUUUGGUUCUGGUUGGGGGAAGAAUGCUACUUCAGUGGAGAGAUUGAAGUGGUCAAGGCCGGAUGUAGAUACGUAUACCUUGCUAGUGAAGGGCCUUGCUGCAUUACUAAGGGUUUCAGAUGCCCUUAGGGUGGUUGACUGUGUUUGCCGAGUGGGAGUGUCUCCCUGUGAAGAGGUUCCUUUCGGUAAGGUGGUGAGAUGCCCCAGUUGUAUGAUAGCUGUUUCUGUCGCUCAACCACAGCAAGGCAUUCAGGUCGUAUCAUGUUCAAAGUGUCGUUAUCAGUAUGAACUAGUUUCAGGGAACAUCCUGAGCAUUGAAUCUGAAGAAAUUAGCAUGGAUGUCCCUGCAUGGAAACGAGCGCUACAAUUCUUGCAAAUUACGAAACAAGAUAUUCCAGCUGCUGUUCACUCCAUUGUGGUGGAGACCCCUUCCGGCUUAGCAAGAACACACAGGUUUGCCACUGAAACGGUCGAUCUCCCUGCUCAGGAAGGAGAAAGAGUUACUGUUGCCAUAGCAGCUCCAUUAAGUGUUUACAGAGAGGUUGGUCCUAUAAAGCUGAGUGCAAGAGUUCCAAAUUUCUACCCUGGUGAGCCCAUGUGCCUGACCAAUCAUAAAGAUGGUAGAGAAUCACGAUUAUUAAGAGCCCCUCGAAAAGAUGCGACCAGAUCCAUGCUGAGUCCAUCUAUUUUAUUCCCCACUCUUGUGGUGCUUGCUACUGGUGACGCAGCCUCUGGAAUGCUUGAUCCUAGCUUGCCUCCGUUGAUUGCAGCUGCUGCAUUUUCUUCGGUGGCUGUAGGUGCAACUUUUAGCAGUGUGGUUCUUCCUCAGCUUAACAAGCUUCCACAAAGACUAGUGGAUGUAACAUCCAUAAGGCAGCAGCUGUUAUCUCAGUAUGACGUACUUCAGUCUCGCAUCAAGGAAUUGAAGAAAGCGGCUGAAAAUGAGGUCUGGAUGCUUGCUCGCAUGUGCCAGUUGGAGAACAAAAUUUAUGCUGUUGGAGAACCUUCUUAUCGUGCUCGAAGAAAUAGAGUCAAAAGGGUGCGUGAAGGCUUGGAGAGUUCUCUCAAGACUCGGAUUGAACUGAUCGAGAGCUAUGCAAGAAUAUCUUCAAUGAUUGAAAUUGAGGUAGAACUGGACGUGGAUGUGGUUGCUGCGGAAGCAGUCAGCAAUGUGGAAAACAUUGCUCAGCAGAUAGAGCAAAUCAUGGAACUUGAGAAUCUCGAAGAGAAAUGGAGACUGCAAGCUGAGGCAAACGAUGAAGCUGAACGACUUCUUAGUUCCGAGCCUCUUCCUGCCGACCAGAUUUCAGACAGGUAGUCGGUGAAUAAGAUGGGGUGCGGGCUUGGCAUCCAUUUUGUACAGGUUCGAGGUUAAUCACUCUAAGCAAUCCAAGUUGUGCAAGAGACGUUCGAGGCCGGCUAGUUAUGAUUGCUAAAGUGUGUCGAUUUUAUGAUUUUUUUCUCAUAAUAAUAUGAGAAAAUAUGCUCCAUUAAUCUACACAAUGGAGUAAGACAGCAUAAUGUGUUCCAUCUCUUGUGGUUGAGGAUGGGAUAUUUUGACAUUUAUUUUUCUUAGGAAUUAAUCUCUAGCUAUACAUUGUAAAAAUGGACGAAUGUAAAUGAAAAUUUAUUUAUCCUUUAAUGUUA